AUGCCAAGAAAGCGCAACUGCGAUUCUUUAAACACUUCGCCAGUAGAAAAAGGAAUAUUCAAGUUUGUCGAUGCCCCACCCGAAUCACCAUAUGCAAUUAGUGCAUCCCGCAUGAAGUCCAGAAUGAAACCACAUCCGGUCUACAACAAUCUCCACCUAAAGUUUACGGACUUUCAGAAACGCACUGGGCGGCAGAAACUGCCGCUGCUGCACACCAUGCAAGAGUCUGAAAACUACACAACACUCGAUCCCAGAAACACAACUUCAUUGCCACGUCUGCUACGUCUUAAUCUGGCGCUUACCGAAAUCGGAGACGUCCCUCCGCGUAUAGACCUUCUAACCAACCGCGGCGACAUAAACGACCUGGCCUUUGGGUUCUUCCCAAGGGAUUACAACAACUAUUUCAAGAUAAAUCACGUGGCGUAUAUUUCACGUGGACGCCUUUUCGUGUGGCACGACCAAACGCGUUGCGAAACGAAUUUCCCGUCGUUACGGGAUCGCAACAAAUGGUUCAGUGGUUACAAGUUUGAGCAGGCAUGUGCAUACUGUUGGCCUGCGAGUUUUGACGAGUGGGGCAUUAUGCCCAAGCUAGAAAGUCCAUACUCCACUUCGAAGGUUCCCGUGUUGAACCUUUUGGAACUCCCACUUGACCAUAACGUCAAUGCGCUUUUCUUGGCCGAAUACGACGUGAUCCGUAAAGGAAAAGGCACCAAGACGCCCGCCUGGUACCUAGAGCUCAAAUGUAUUCAGCCAAAUGCGAGCGCUAAGAUCACGUGGCAGACCAUAUCGAAAGAACGGGCAUUAAAACUGCUCAUCAGAGAGGGCAUGUGCAUGAGGUUUUUUAAGACGUGCAUACAAUGUAAACUGGCCGGAUGUGAAACUGUUGUUUAUGGAAUACGGUCUCGGGACAUGGCGCUCGUAGGUGUGCGUCAGUUCCAAGUUAGAGAGCUAGAGGUCAGGCUGUACCAACUGGAACCGAAGCUGUACUGUGAUUACUAUUUGAAAGCACUAAGCAAUGUAGCCGAGCUGGUGCGUACACUGUACCAACAGUGUCAUGAAAAUCAGUUUUAUAUGAUGACGAAGGACGCUGCCUUGGCACCACUAAAGGUCCGCCCCGUGUCUCGUGACCUGGUGCUAUAUCCUGAGCCCAUGCUUACAGAAUUGGAUGCGAUACUAGAGCGCAAUGAAAAUGAGCGGAGGACAGAGCCGCGCGAUUACAAUGGCACUAAGACAAAGUUUGGAUUCACGUUUGCUCCGGGAACGGUUCCCGAGCAAUUAAUAAAGGACGAAAUAGCUGAAGCUGAUCUUGCCGAUCUUGCAGAGGAACUAGAAGCCAUUCAAAUAUGA